CUCAGCUCUUGCUGCUAAAAUUCUCUACAUUUUCAGGGUUAACGUUUAGACAAUUGCUACAAGCUGGUAUUUAUCCAUCGUAGAUCGAUAUGCAGGUGAAAGCAAUGGAAAACCAACCGAGCGAAAGCGUCGUCGUAAGCCUUCCAUCGCCACCAGUGCACCGUUUGGAGAGGUCAGAAGCUACAGAUUCAAUGAGAAAAUUGUGGUCAACAGUUACUCAUCUAAUUAGACAACUAUGGUCAACCGUUAUUUAUCCAAUUGGACAAUGCUGCUGGUUACUGAUAUCUGCUUCCAGAGGGGAUAUAUGUGAAGCUAUGCCGCCUAUCUCCGACGUAGAGUUAUCUCCAAUAGGCUACAUUAUACUUGGGAUUAUAGUUGGGACUAUAUUUCUGGCACAUAUAAUUCUUUUACCCAUCAAAUUUACAUGGAAACUGCUAAGAAGGAAGGCGAUUUUGACAUGUAUUGCAGUGUCGUUGGAUCCUUUCUUCUUUUAUAUUCCAAUCAUCAAUCAGGAAAACAAGUGUCUUGGAGUUGACAAAAAACUGAGGAAUACACUUCUUGUGUUGCGAUCACUCACGGAUUUUGCUAGUGUAUUGCAUAUUGUAUCUCAAGUUCGGGAUUGGACCAUCGACCCAAACCCCGACUACCACACCGACACCGAUUCCUACUUUGACUCUGAACUCAGGCCGACAACAUCUCUGUUGCAAAAACUGAUGAAGUCCAUAGUAGAGGCAAUAAAUGGGAGGAUGCCUUGGUUAUCUCUCUCUCUCGUGAUUGAUUUUCUUGCUCUUCUUCCAAUUCCGCAGCUGUAUUUUUCAGGUGGCAAUAGUAGUUGUCUUCUUCAAAAUGGGGGGCUCUAAAUUUUUCCUUCAAAGAACGAUUCUCAAUGUCCUUCUAAUAUUUCAAUACAUCCCCA